GAUGGAUUAAGUUUCCUAGUUGAACUGUAUGAUGAAAUGCAAGGUUUGGUGCCACGUCAUGAGUUAUAUUCAUGCCCUCAGUCUAAAGUAGAGGAAGUGAUUGAGUACAUUAAGAUACAGGAGAAGGCCUGGGUGGGUAAGCCUGUCAUUGCACGAAAACCAACUGACUACCUAUUUUAUCCUGGUGUGGUUUUAAAGCAAAAAGAUUCAUCACAAGAUUUUGUCAUACGUUGGUCUGAUAACACCACUCAUACAAUUGAAGUGACGGAUAUGUUUGGCGAAUUAACAAGACGACGCCCACUAUACACUGAUGAUUAUGUCAUUGCAUUACCAGAAGAAGAUGAUGGUGGAGGUGUGUGCUAUCCUGGUAAGAUCAUUGGUGUCCAAGGAGAAAAGCUCAUUAUUCAGUUGCACAAUAACAAACUUUGUUUAGCUUCGUUUGAGCAUUGUUUCUGGAUAUCUGACUCAUACUAUCAAAACAGUGUACUAUUGAUAGAAAGAGUAAAGGAAGAAACCAACAAAUGAAGAAAACUUGUGGCACACAUUUAAUAAUAGACUAGAUUAUCAAUUUAUUAUCACAGAGUAGAUUAUCAAUUUAUUGUCAUCAUAGAUAGUUCUCAUUGAAAUAGAAUAUGGAGAAUCAAAAAUGUGUGGGAGUUGUUAGGUUAGGUGUGGUAACAUUGUGGUCAAAUCAGUAUCUGCAUCUAAAAUGUCUUUCCCUCGGUCUUUCUCUGGUUUUUUGUCUUCUCCUCCUCUUCUUUCUGAGCUAAUAGAGCAGGUUGAUGUUGGUACUAAGUGGUAUCUCUUGGGUACACUACUACACGUUGAUAGUAAGAGAUUGGAUGGUUUUGAACAGCUACCAGGACAUGAUGAUACAAGCAAGACAUUGAAGAUGUUCCAACACUGGCUGACCACUACUCCUACUGCUAGUAGGAGACAAGUACUGGAAGCAUUGAGAAAGAGAGUAGUUAAUGAGCAUACAGUAGCUGAUAAAUAUGAAAAAUAUUUAAAGGAGCUUCAUGAUACUACUUAUACACCACCAUCUACUGAAGCAGUUUCUAUUCUUCAAAGGAAUAUUCAAUCAUUGAAUGAAGCUGUUGUCUCUCCUGUACAAGUGUCUCAACUGUUAUACUGUAAGAGAUGUAUAAGUGAAGCUACUCUGGAUAAAAUGGAGAGGAUAGAUCAGAGGAGGUCAGUGGAUGACAAGAAGACCACUCUAUUGACUGGCAUGCAAGAAACAGUGUCUAGCGACUACAGGAAACUUAAAGAUAUUGCUACAGUGCUGUCUGAUGUUAAAGAAACAAGAGAUAUAGCCAAUGAAAUCAUGACCAAAUAUGAAGAGAAAAUUUCUCAAGAGGAUGAUAGUACAGUAGUACAACCACAGGAGGGAGUAGGCGGUAAUGAAGAUCUUGCUAGUGAUAUAUUGAGGAAUAAUUACAGUGCUCUCUCUCAGUCAAUUACUCAACCAGUUCUUAUGGCAACGUUGCUUUAUAAAGAGGUUAUAUCUGAUGAGGUUCUGUCUUGUGUCAUGUCUACCAGAGGUUCUGUGUCUGACAGUAGAGCAGUUCUCCUCAAAGCUGUACGAGAUGCUGUUCACUCCAAUUACAAACACCUGGAGUUGUUUGUUACUGUAUUGAGGAAGUUCUCAGAGACUGCUCAUAUUGGAGAUACUAUCUUUGAAGAAUACAGUCAGUAUUUUCAUGACAAAGACAAUACUAUGGAAGAGAUGGAGACUUACCUAACAGAAAGAAAAUCAUUAAGAGGUGCUUCUUCUGCUGAAUCAGGAAGUGAAUCAUCUAAAGAAGUUAAAGAGACACUUGGCAGACAUAAAAUCCUUUUUCCUCGUAGUAUGGAAGAAAAGUUCCAAGAAUUGAGAAUAAAGUUUGGCUCAACAUUUUUCCAAGUUCGGCGCAAUUUUGCUAAAGAUCAGAAUUUAAACAUUGAUGAAAUGAAGCUAUUAGUCAUUGAUUGCUUCCCCGAUCUUAGUUCUCAAGUUUUUAACAAGAAGACAAUCAAUGGAGUACUGGAGGUGGUGAAGACAAAAUGUAAUAUCAUUAACAUGCGUCCAUUAGAAGUAUUAACUGUAGAAUUCAACAUAAAAGAAGCUGAAAAAGUCAUAAAAAUCUACAAAGAAUAUGCUAGAGAUUUCUGCAAGUCAACAUCUAUCCAGUUAUGCCUCGACAAAGAGCUUCAAGCAGUUCGUACUCCUUCUCGUCUCAAAAAAGAAACUGUUAUAUUUAUUCUUGAAUGGAACCCGAAUGAAUCAACACUGCAAGAUAUCAAUGAUGUACUUGAGAAGCUGGAGCCACUGGAAAACUAUCAUAUUCAUAUUCAAAUUGAUACAAUUAAAACUGGUGGAUCAGUUGUAGUCACCUGCUACUGUCCUGCUGAAUACACUGGCUCACUGAUAAUGGGUGUCCUUGGUAAGAUAGAGAUACUGCAAGAGAAAGGAUUGAAGGAGUUCAAAGUAGGCAACUGUACUAUAUGGAACAAUACUGCUCAUGAGGUAUUAUCAGCAAUGACAACUAAAGAAAUGGAGCAACCUACCAAAAAGACGGUUAAUAAUUAUGAAGACAUGGAGAGAGAUCUAUUGUCAAUGAAGCAACAGUUAGCUGAGAAGGAGAAACAAGUACAAGAACUUGAAAUGAAAUUACAAACAAAACAAGAGAAAGAAGAUAUACAUAUAUUACCAACAGGUAUAGGUCAACUAAUGAGAGUGAGUAUUGAUCUAAUGAUCAUGAUUUCUUUACGUUAUGAAAUUCUUGAUUUAUUUUCUACAGAUACUGAGAAAGAGUUAGCAUCAUUGAAGGAACUGUCAGAGACUAGACUAGAAGAAAUAGAACAACUGAAACUGAAACUUGAAGACAAUAACAGAUUACAAGUACCAGUUGAAGAGACAUCAGACUCAGAGACAAUUAAAGAUGAAUCAUCUGACGAUGACACAUCAAGUAAUGAAGACAUUGUAAUGAAACCUGAUGAUAAAUCACUAACAGUAAAUUUACAAAAGGAUGGAAAGGUAGAGUGGAUUCAUAGUGGUGUACGACUCACUAGUCCAUCAGUAGAUCAAUGUAAGGAGGUAAUCAGUAAACUGGAGGAGAAACAUAAGAUCAUUAUACUCCACUACUCAUCAUCUGACAGUAUACAGGUCCUAAUACCAACUGUAUUGGAGAGAGGAACAAUAGAUCAACUUGAUAUAUACUCCUCAUUAUUAUCAUGUGAUGAUGUCCUCUCUUUCUCUUAUCAACUAUCAACCAACAAAUCAUUAACAAGACUAAACCUAAUUCAUAGUUCAGUGAGUGAUGAUGGAGUCAUUGCACUAGCACAAUCACUACAAUAUAAUAGAACACUUAAACACUUAUAUCUUCGUUACAAUCCUGACAUCACUUCAGCUUGUGCUCAGUCACUGGCUGAACUUUUACUCACUAACAACACCAUCACUGGACUUCGUCUCGACCAUACUAACAUUGAUACUGAUGGAGUAAUGAUACUAAUGGAAUCACUCAAGACCAAUAAUACACUAAGGAAACUUGGGCUAGACAAACAACAUAAAGAACCUUGUUCUACUUUACCUUAUUAUGAGCAUAUUAAAGACAGAUUGGAUUUUUUUGGAUUGUGA